AUGGGUCUUUCCUUCAUUGUCACCAUCGGCAAUGUGGCCGAGUACUUCGAUGUCUACCGUAACUUUUCCCUGGCCUGCAUCAGCUCCGGUAUCGGGAUUGGCACUACUCUGAUGCCGCUUGUCACUGUGAUCUCAAUUACUGGCACCAACUGGCGCAUCGGUUUCAUUACACUCGCCAGCGUCUACUUCCACAUGAUGGUGAUCUGCGCCCUCAGUCGACCGUUGCCUCCCCCUCGCCAAUCGCCAGUUCGUCUAAUCUGCCCGACCAUGGUGUCUGUGAGCUCGACCGGCAGGUCUAGUAUGACGACCAGGGGCAGUGUAGUUGCCAUGCCAACCGGCCGAGGUGGACGACGGAUCAGCUGUAGCUCAGCUGCACUGGCGAAUCGGACUAGCACCGGUCCACGGAGUAGAAUCCGCACAUUGUCAAGCAGCAGCGGCGCCGCAAUCCAUCCGCCCCUGACUCGGAGGACCAGUUGGACGCAUACUUCUUUGGUGACACAUGAACUCGCCCAUCUGCGGUCCAGGGAUGGAAGCAAUAUGCUCGUCGAGUCGGGUGGGCCUGGCUUGCCUGUACCAUUGGGGCAACCACAUCCUGCCGGCUCCAUGGCCUUCAGCAGUACAGCUGGCUACGCUCUGGGGCAUCCUGGCAACGCGCCUCUCUCCAACGUAGUCGUCGAGCUGGCAAGUGUGACCGUCACGAAAUCGGGCGCAGGACCUCUCAGUCGAUCCGGCCCGUUGGGCCCAAUUCACACGGACCAAAUGACCCCCGGCCUGGCCAGAGGCGGUACAGGACAAGGCUUUCCCCGAGGAGUGGCUGGGAUUGUGGCUCAGACACCAGCUGGUAGGCAGGCGAUGCUGCGCGCUUUUGCCAGACGAAGCGAGGUUCGCGUUGACCCGAUGGCUCUGUUGCCAGAGCCUUCACACGAUCUGAUCACCGUGCUCGGCGAACGGGCCAAGCAGUGUCUGGCUGACACCGGACUUCGCUAUGGCACGGUUUUGGGUAUUCUUGAUAAGAACUAUUAA